GUUAGUUAUAUUGUGAAGCUCGGAAGGAACGCACAAGUAAACGAUGAGAAUUUUUUUAUUUCUUAUCUUUAUUUUGAUAAGAAAUAAUGAAAGUGCAAACAUUUUAAUGCUUAGUGGGAUUCCAAGCCCAAGUCACUUUAUUUUCAACAAAGCUUUGGUUUAUGGACUUGCUGCACAAGGUCACAACUUAACGUUUCUUUCUCCAGAUAUCGAGAAAAAAGUUCCGAAAAAUGUUCACUUCAUCCAUCUCGAGGAAGUUUAUUCUCACUAUUACAAUGGAUCAGACCAUAUUGAUCUGUUAGAGAUGAGCAAAGAAAGCAAAUUUAAAUCAGUCAUUUCAUUUUAUGAUUUUGGAGCUUUUAUGUGUGAAGGAAUUCAGAAAAGCGCAGUUGGAUUAAAUCUGAUUCGAAACUAUCCAAAAGACUUUAAAUUUGAUUUGGUUCUUCAUGAUUACACAGUUGGUUCUUGUCUUUUGGGUCUCUUGCCCAAAUUUGGUUAUCCACCAUUGAUAGGAUUAUCUGCGUUUAGUAAUCCACCUUACACAGUUGAUAUUACAGGCGGAGAUAAGCUUGGAUUGACGACAAAACCCUUUUAUCUGUUAUCUUACGACAUUGACAUGAACAUUUUUCAACGCUUAGAGAACGGGGUUAUGAGCUUUUUGGAUUCAUUCUAUCGCAAAUAUUUCUCGCUGCCAGCUAUCGAUGUGAAAAUGAGAGAAAUGUUUGGAUCAGAUUUACCACCUUCUGGUGAAUUGGAGAAGAAAGCAGUUUUAACGCUUGUAAAUUCCAAUCCGGUCAUCGACUUUCCAGAUUCUUUACCACCAAAUACUAUCGAAGUUGGUGGAAUGCAGAUAAGCGAGCCGAAGCCACUUCCGGAGAAGUUUGAAAAGUUUCUUAUGAAAGGUGUGAAGGGAUCGGUUUUGAUGUCACUUGGAACAAAUAUCAGAUCAGACAGUCUUGGUGCAGACAACAUUAAAACGAUUGUAGAAGUUUUUCGGCAAAUCCCUGACUAUAAUUUUGUGUGGAAAUUUGAAACAUCGGAAAUGUUGUCGGAACUUCCAUCGAAUGUUAUGAUCAGUGAUUGGCUACCUCAAAACGAUAUUCUGGCUCACUCGAAGUUGAAACUCUUCAUCACUCAUGGUGGCAUGCUUUCAACACACGAAGCAACAUGGCGAGGAAUUCCGAUGGUUGGAAUUCCUUUCCUUGCUGAUCAAUACAGAAAUUUGCAUAAAAGUGUCAAAGCUGGUGUAGCUGUGAAAAUUGACUUUGAUAAAUUAUCCCAUAAAACAUUCAAAAAUGCGAUUCUUGAAGUUCUAAAUAAUCAACAGAAAUAUCAUAAAAAUAUGGAAAGAAGAUCGAAACUGUUUAGAGAUCAGCCUGAAAAACCUUUAGACCGUGCACUUUGGUGGAUGAAGGCUUGGAUUGUUAUUUCACUUCUUUACAUUUUCAUACCUUUUGCGAAAGCAAAUGUUGAAGAAGAUACUCGUUUGGAUGUGCUUGGUUUGUUACGUAAAUACGGGUAUGCAGCUGAAAAUCACCGUGUCACGACAUCAGAUGGUUACAUUUUAAACAUGCAUCGUUGUCCCGGUGGCCCAGUUUCACCACCACGCUUUGGAAAGCAAGUUGUAUUCCUAAUGCAUGGAAUGUUGAGUUCAUCAGCUGAUUAUGUUCUUAUGGGUCCACAAACAUCUCUGGUCUACAUGUUGUCCGAUCUGGGAUAUGAUGUUUGGAUGGGAAAUUCAAGAGGAAAUCGAUACUCCAAUACCCACAGCACAUUGAAUAAUGAAACAGAAGCUUAUUGGGACUUUUCAUGGCAUGAAAUUGGCAGUAUUGAUUUACCAGCUAUGAUUGAUUACGCGCUGGUACAUACAAAUCGAGCUAAACUUCAUUAUGUUGGUCAUAGCAUGGGAACAACUGCUUAUCUUGUCAUGAUUAGUGAACGUCCAACUUACGGCAAUAAGAUUAUCAGUAGUCAACUUCUUGCUCCAGCUGCUUACAUGCACAAUGUUAAAUCGCCUUACGUCAUUUGGCUUGCUACUUAUCUGUACAGCAUGCAGUUAGCUCUAAACAUGAUGGGAACUUAUUAUUUUGCACCAACAAGUGAAAUGGACAAGGAAGCAGCUUACGAUGAUUGCCGUGAUGGUGCUCCAUAUCAAGGUUUGAAUCUUAAAGACUUAAUGUCGAAGAGAAAUAAUUUAUUAUGUGUUUAUACUUACUUAGAAAUGUGUUCAAUAACAACGUUCUUAAUUGCUGGUUUUAAUUCUCAAGAAGUUAAUAGUACGAUGCUUCCAGUCAUUCAUGCUCAUUCUCCAGCGGGUGCAAGCACGAAAAACAUGAUUCAUUAUGCUCAGAUUGUGAGAAGUAGAACCUUCAGACAAUUUGAUUAUGAUGGUUUGAAUUUUUAUCGCUAUGGUCAACUUUAUCCACCAAAUUAUCGCUUUACUGGACAUAUCGCUCCAAUUUCUUUCUAUCACAGUACGAAUGAUUGGAUGGCAACCCCAAAUGACGUGAAUACGCUUUACAGCCGAUUGACAGCAAAUCAAGUUCAAUUGAAAUAUCUCGUCCCACAAACUGCUUUCAACCACAUGGACUUUGUUUGGGCUAUCAAUGUUAGAUCGCUUGUUUACAAUCGAAUGGUUGAAGACAUUAAGAAGUGGGAUGCAACAUACACCUAAACAUAUUAACGUUUAUUGAGUGGAAACAACAUAAAUCUUUUGUCUUUAAAGUCAAGUUAAAGAUUAAUAAAUGAAAAAUUAAACAACAAGAAAACAUUAAAUUUUAAAGAGAGCUUAAAUGUUAAGAAGUCCUUCAUAGUUAGCUUAAUGAAAAAGCGUUUCGU